AAUCCUGAGUUUGAGGGAGGAGGGGUUUGGGGAUCCGGACCUCUGGGUCUGAGGGAGGACGGAGCUGGGACCAACCUUCCAGGCUUCUGCCUUUCCUGGCAACGCCCCCCAGGGCCGGGCUUCCAGGAUCCAGCCCCUAUUUACCGUUCGACCCCACGACCUCACCGGACUUUGAGGUGGAUAGAAGCCUGGAGGGAGUGACAGUCUCGCGCGGGAUGGCAACGGGAACGCGCUAUGCUGGGAAGGUGGUCGUCGUGACCGGGGGCGGGCGCGGCAUCGGAGCCGGGAUCGUUCGAGCCUUCGUGGAAAGCGGUGCCCAAGUGGUUAUCUGUGACAAAGAUGAGUCCGGGGGUCGGGCGCUGGAGCGGGAGCUUCCUGGCACUGUCUUUCUGCUCUGUGAUGUGACUCAGGAGGAAGAUGUGAGGACCCUCAUUUCUGAGACCAUCCACCGUUUCGGCCGCCUGGAUUGUGUAGUCAACAGCGCUGGCUACCAUCCACCUCCGCAGUGGCCCGAGGAGACCUCUGCCCAGGGCUUCCGGCAGCUGCUGGAGCUGAACCUGCUGGGAACGUACACCAUGACCAAGCUCGCCCUCCCUCACCUGCGCAAGAGCAGGGGGAAUGUCAUCAACAUCUCCAGCCUGGUCGGGGCAAUUGGCCAGUCCCAGGCGGUUCCCUAUGUGGCCACCAAGGGGGCAGUAACAGCCAUGACCAAAGCCUUGGCCCUGGAUGAGAGUCACUAUGGUGUCCGUGCCAACUGCAUCUCCCCAGGAAACAUCUGGACCCCACUGUGGGAAGAGCUGGCAGCCUCAACGCCUGACCCCACAGUCACAAUCCGAGAGGGCAUGCUGGCCCAGCCCCUGGGCCGCAUGGGCCAGCCAGCGGAGGUGGGGGCUGCCGCUGUGUUCCUGGCCUCCGAAGCCAGCUUCUGCACUGGGAUUGAGCUGCUAGUGACUGGGGGUGCGGAGCUGGGGUAUGGGUGCAAGGCAGGUCGGGGUGCCCCCGUGGAGGCCCCCACCAUAACUUCGUGAUCUCCCACAUUUCCACUUGGGCCUCCCUGACUAGGGCUCUCCCACCCAAAACUCAGUCUCCCAAAUUCCAGUUUCCCCCCCCAACUCUAGACAUCAAGCCCACUUAACCAAUGUGCCAAACCACCGCACAAGUUCCCAUAAAAGCGCUCUGCAGCCAGAAGGAGGAAGGCAUCAUUACAUUUAUUUUCGGCCCUUUAUGAGUCCUACCACACCAGGACCCUGUCCCCCCUCCCCACCCAGCCCCACGCAUUCCCACGCGUGGCCUGGACCCGAGGGACUACAACUCCCGGCAGGCUUUGCAGCAGGAGCCUGUAGCCAGGGUCUCCUGGGGAAAGUAUUGCAGGUCGGCUUCACCAGCACGCUAAUUAAAAAGGUCCGUAGGGGAGAGUAAAUUAAGCUCCGAUUAGGAGAUAAUGGAGGAGGUAAAGCAAAAAGAUCUGCGCUUUAUUCUUGGCCCUUAGGGAAAAGGAGUUUUGACCUUGCUGCCCACGGAGUAGGAGGGUGGCCAGCGCCAAAAGUCCUGAUGGAAGAGAAAGCCGG